UGGAUCUUCUUUCAUAGCAGACACAGACGUGGCACUAGACACGAUCUGCGUGAAGGAAUGCUGUAUCUCUUCAUUUGGAUGAUAAUAGUAUCCAUUAUGGCGAGGACGGAGCGCCGGCCCAUGUUCAAUACGAACACUAGUAGGAGCCGCAUGUGUAGCUCAGCGGUUCACCCAUCAGUAAUUGGCACUCCGAGUUUAUUUUCUACUAUACAGGCAAAUCUGGGCCAGAGAACACCUGUGUCCUCGCAUUUAAGGCCAUCGGGGCAGCAAUAUUUUGUCAUCUUGCAGGUUUCGGGACAGCCUCUGGCACCGUCAUCACUAACAGUUGGCAUAGACACCGUCAACUUGAAAGCUGAAGGAGACGGUAGGAAGACAGCUUGCUUUUAUGUUCUGAAAUAAUGUUCUGGGCACGGACGUGGCACUAGCGUGAAGGAACGUUGUAUCUUUUCAUUUAGUCUGGUUGGAUGAGAACAGUAUCCA